CGUACAGACUAUUCCAGCGUAAACGCAGCUCAGCGCACGGCACAAAUUAUUUUAAACGCGAAUUUAUUAAAAACUAAACGCAUUUAAAAUGGCAUUCGGUGAUGUUAAGACCCCACAAGGCCUCAAGGAGUUGAACAACUUCCUGGCCGACAACAGCUACAUCAGCGGUUACACCCCCUCGAAGGCCGAUUUGUCCGUGUUUGAUGCCCUGGGCAAGGCACCAGCUGGCGACUACGCACAUGUUGCUCGCUGGUACCGUCACAUUGCCUCCUUCGAGGCAGGUGAGCGUUCCGCUUGGACCGGUGCUCCGCUACCACAAUUGGCCGGCGCCAAGCCCACAGUGGCUGCUGCUGCUGCCAAGCCAGCUGCCGAUGAUGACGAUGACGUGGAUCUAUUCGGCUCCGAUGAGGAGGAUGAUGCUGAGGCCGAGCGUAUCAAGGCAGAACGCGUUGCCGCCUAUGCUGCAAAGAAAUCAAAGAAACCCGCGCUGAUUGCCAAAUCGUCUGUGCUGCUCGACGUGAAGCCAUGGGAUGAUGAGACCGACAUGAAGGAGAUGGAGCGCUUUGUGCGCACCAUCGAAAUGGACGGUCUGCUGUGGGGCGCAUCCAAACUGGUGCCCGUCGGCUAUGGCAUCAACAAACUGCAGAUUAUGUGCGUCAUUGAAGACGAGAAGGUCUCCAUUGAUCUGCUGCAGGAGAAGAUUGAGGAGUUCGAGGACUUCGUGCAGUCCGUCGAUAUUGCUGCCUUCAACAAGAUCUAGGCGUUAUGCUCGAUACUCUUAAAUACAGCAUUCAAAAUAAAACACUAAGCAAAGCAAUAUGAAGCAA